AUGUUACCAUUGAUGGGUAACCAGGAGAAUACGUUGAACAAUUGGGCUUCAAAUAACCUGGGCAGGCCUCGGGAUAGCUCCAUGGUCUUUUUAAUGAGGGAGACAGGUCUACAGCAAGAACAAAUAGAUCACUGGUGGACCAGUCAAGAGAAUACUCGUCCCAAUGUAACAAUUACGUCUGGAGAAGUAGGGCUGUUUUCUGAGAUUGACGCGUGUGGUUCUGAAAGCCGCAAUUCCAAACGUGCACACCUCGACUUUUCAGACUCGACACCCAUUUUAUUGGGCAACAACACACAAGACUUCGAUGCAGCGUUUUCCGGUCUUGAUGAUUGGUCUCCUCUCGAACAAUCAUGUUAUGAUUUGCAUGGACCAUCCUCCACGGAUCUGAUGAAUUUUCAACCCCACGGAAAUUGGUGCGAUCAGUCGACGGAGCAUGGUCUCCUUCACUCAGAUACUAUGACAUCCUCCGAUACCGAUUCAGUAUCGUCGAUAUCAUCAGGUUAUGAGAGUAAGCGCACUUCAAACAGAUCAUCCGGACGUACUUGGGGCACUACAUCAACGCUUUUCUCCGUAGACGAAGCCCAGGAGACAGGCCCAACUAACUCACCUCAGAGUUUCCCGUAUCAUCAGACCACACAGCCAGCAAAUUUGGCUUCGGUUACAGAUUUUCAACACAAAUUAGCUGGUGAUCUCGAUACAAGCGAGUUCACUACUCGACACUACAGCUUAGAAUCUAGCCCUCAACCACCUACAAGCUUGAGACGCAAAUCAAACACCAAUCUCAAUUCUAAGAAACUACCAAAUGUACCUCAGAAGCUUUUGAGAUAUAGCUGUACUAUCUGCCGGCAACCAUUUGAACGUAAAGGUGCUAAGGGCGACUGGAAAAGGCACGAACAAACAAAGUGCGAGCAACAGAAACUGUGGUACUGUAUGUCUGAAGAGCCCACUUUUCAAGCACAUAAUAUUUGGUAUUGCAUGUUAUGCAAUCAUGCUGAUGGAAAUCGCAAUGAGAUGAUUGGCCAUCUAAUUAAGGAACACCGAUUUCAAAAUUGCUGGAGUAAACCUUUGUCUAAAAGGAGCCAUCCCAGGAAGGACAAGUUAAGGGAUCAUUUGAAGAAACAUCAUGCUUUAUCGGAAGGAUCCAAUGGUUGGGAAGCAUGGCAUCAAGAUUUGCCCGAAAAAAAGGCUUGGGGCUGCGGCUUCUGUGGUGGUUGCUUUUUCACUUGGGAUGCAAGACUUGACCAUAUUGCCGAGCACUACGAAAAGCAAGGUCUUGAUGUAUCAGAAUGGUCAUUGACGAAUGUAAUCAAAGGCUUGCUCAAACAACCUAGAGAAUGGGAUGUAUUGACUGCUUGGAACACAAUCGUUGGUCACAAUGAAAAUUCCUGUACAUGGUCAGAUAAUAACGCUCUGAUGUUGCAGCGCAAGCUAGAGUAUCGCGACGGCACACCACAGAGUCUGGCCGAAGAGGCGAGAAGAUUGGCUGAAAUAUCUCCUCACAACUCCGUGCCGCAGACUUGGCCCCUCUAUGAAUCUCGUGCAGUAAGACUAACACGAGAUUUGUUGACUGGGCCUCCGAGAAAAAAUCCUUUAAACAGGCACGGCGGCGUCUUCUAUGGGGAACCUUCUUGGGCACAUGUUAAGCACGCAGAUUUCGGAAUGCAAGGUGAUAAUUAUGGUGGAUAUAUUUAA